CAAUGAAAUAGCCUGGUCUGGUAUUUUGUCCACUCAUAGGUUGAGUGGGCGGGUCCAACGUGUAGUUGAGGAGGUGGAUGUACAUGAUACAGACAAAAUAACGUACAUUUUUGUUUUGAAACGUAUUAUGAUGAGCUACAGAAAGUAGAUAGCUAGUAUGCAUUAAAUAGAGGCAAGUAACAAGUAUACUGGGACAUCUAGCUAACUAACUUGCUAAAAACGAAUGGUCCCUCGGUUACUGAACUCGCUAACAGCACCAUCAUCAUGGAAGGAGUGGGCACAACCGAAAACCAAGGUAUGAGUUGAAGGUCAGAAGUAAUCAAUCACAUCAACUGACAUAACAAGCUACAACCAUGUACUCCAGCCCAGACGUCUGCCUUAAAUCUGGCAGUCACAACAGCAGCAGUAACAGCAACAGCAUCACUGAACUCCUGGGCUCCCUGUGUGACAGCAGCCUCACUGGGGUGUCAUGGAAACGUCGUGCUCUAGGAGGGGUGUCCCGAGAGGGGGUCCGCCGCACCCUCAGAAAGCGUGCCUACGGGGCCCUGCUGUCCAAACUGUUCCAGGAGGGCUCCCCGAAAGGGUUCUUGUCAGUACCUAGUGCCACGUCCACCACCCCGCCCAGAAACAAGCUACUUAUGAUGUCCUUUGACCUGCGAGUGGCGGGGUGCCAGGACGAGGCCGAGAGGCUGGAGGAGCAGCUGGGGAGGCUAAGUGAGGGGCCCGCCUCGGGUCUGAAGGAACUGGACUCUGUGCUGGAGCUCUUGGUGCAGCUGACUGGCUCUGCACCCCCACCCCCGGCCUCCUUCAGCAGGGACUACAUGCGCAGGGAGAGGCCCGUGCUGAGGAGGCCUCCACUGGGGGGGUACCAGAGUGAGGAGCUGCAGAGGUUGGAGGCCCGAGCCUGGGCCCUGAUGUGUGGGGAGGAGUGGGGAUCCCUGAAGGGUCUGUGUGGGACUCUGGGUCUGAUGGAUGCUCCUCCGGGCACAGGCCUGCUGGCACUGAGGAGGAGGUCAGACGUAGAGGAGAGGUUUGAGAAGGAGACCAGGAUGUCUCUGUUUGGAGCCCUGCAGCACUCCCGUACCUCAGACCUGGACAUCAGGCUCAAUCUGCCUCCUGUGCCCAGCAAUGCUGAUGUCACUGGGCUAGCCAUACGGGUGCCACCUUGUUUGGACCAGUUAGAAGAUGAGGGCUUCCAGUCAGCCUCCAACUUAACCCCAGACUCCCAGUCAGAGCCCAGCCCCAGCCCAGAACUUGAUGUCUGGGACGCCCUGAGGACUUUUGAGCCUGGGAGGCGCCGCUGCUGGGAGUCUGUUGGCUGCCCACCAGGGAAGAGGGAAUUCCCCUACCUGACGGAGGGGGGCAGGGAGGCUUUUGAUCAGCUCUACAGGCUGUGGGAGGGGGAGAUGAGGGUGGUCUGCUCUGCACCCCCCUCGCCCCUCCUGCCCCUGCCUCUGGACUGUCAGACCCAGCUGGUCAGUGACCUACUUAAUGUAUUGAUCGGGGUGGCGUCUACUACCUUCCCCCUCAACCAGGUGUGUGUAAAUUUUGACGUUCGACCCGGAGUGUGUGUGUCGGGAGCGUCACCGGAGAGUGUGUCUCGUUUGCUUGGCGAGCUGGCUCAGUAUGGCACCCAUUACCUGAGGCUCAGCCGCUUCGUUCUGCAGAGUGCCCAAAAGAGAGGCCUGGUCUUCCAGGCGUUUACAGGUGGGCUGCGUAAGUACCUGCAUUACUACCGGGCCUGUGUCCUCAGCACCCCUCCCACCCUUAGCCUGCUCACCAUCGGCUUCCUGUUCCGCAAGGUGGGCCGGCAGCUCAGGUAUUUGUCAGAGUUGUGCUGUGUGGAUGGGGCAUCUGGUGUCGGCCAGGCUACCUUCCCUGUGGGUGUGACGCUGCUCUCCUACCUGUACAACGAGGCCCAGAGCAACUGCAGCAAUGAGAACUACCCCGUGCUGCUGUCCCUGCUGAAGAGCAGCUGUGAGCCUUACACACGGUUUGUGUCAGACUGGGUGUACAGUGGAGUGUUCCGGGACGUGUACGGAGAGUUCAUGAUCCAGGUCAACGAAGACUACCUCAGCUUCAGAGACAAGCACUUCUGGGUGCAGGGCUACACGCUGAUCUCCCGUGAUGUGGAGGACUGCGUGCCUGUCUUCCUCCGACACAUAGCCAACGACGUGUACGUCUGCGGGAAGACCAUCAACCUGCUCAAGAUCUGCUGUCCCCAGCAUUACAUCUGCUGGUCGGAGCUGCCCAUGCCUCGCAUUGCUGUCACCUUCUCCCUGCAGGAGGUAGAGGAGAUAGAGAGGGACUGUGCCGUGUACCGAGGACGCAUGGAGAGGAUCGCCAAGCACAGCGCUACCAGCAGGGAGGAACAGGCCCUGCGCACAGAGCAGGCACGCCAGGAACUGAUCAAUCAGGUCAGGCAGUCGGCCGCCAAGACCCUGGAGAGCAUCCGCGGGCGCCAGGUGUCACAGCGUCUGGCUGAAGAGGCAAAGAAGAGGGAACGCUUUGAAGAGCUGAGACAGCACUUGGAGCAGGAACAAGAGUGGCACAGUUUAGCCAGGAGGAAGGAGCAGGAGGAUGAAUUCAGCUUUGCCAGGGAGCUGAGAGACCGGGAGAAGCGACUACAGGCCCUGGAGGAGCAGCUGGAGAUCAGAGCCAGGAAGGAACUGAUUGCCCAGUACAGCCACCUAUCAGAGGAGGCGGCCAAGAGGGAGUGGCAGGCCAUGUGGAGGGUUCAGCGAAUGAGACUGGACGAUUCCCGGGCCCAGUUCCUACUGCAAGACCAACAGGAGACUGAGGCUAUUCUGGAGAAGUAUCCUGUCGGAGGGCAGAGACCCCCUCUGGAAAUACUACAGCCAGCUCCAGCUCAGACCACUCAACCCUUAGCACAGCAGUCCCUAUCCCCGGAGCCCUGUGAGCAGCAGUCUGAGGAGCCAACCCAGGCCCCCCUUCACCACCAAUCCACUCCCCUAGCACCCCCCACCGCGAAACUCGACCUCACCCUCGUCUCAGAGCACAUCAACGCCAAUGACUUCCUGCCCAAGCCGGCCGACAGCCUGCAGGUGGACCAGGCCCUACAGGAAAUUGGGUCGGACCUCCCGGAGGCUCCUGCGCCUCAUAAACCUGUAGACUAUGACUUUAGUGCCCCCUACAGUCCCCUUGAGGGAGUGACGGCCCCGGCCCUGACUAGACCUCGCUGGGGUCCUGUGGUACAGCCAGACAUGGCUCACCCUCACAUCCCAACCGGUCCCCCUGAGUCCACUCUAGGCAUGGGGUGUGUGGUAUCCGGGACUUUAGCUCUUCCGUCUCCGCUACCAGGAAGUGCCUACAGCCAUUCUUCAGACUCCACUAUGGGUGUAGGGUGUGUGGUGUCAGGAGCUGAGGUCCUCCCCAGGCCCAGUCCUCACGGCCAGGCCUCCCAGUCUAGCAUCCCCCUGGGCCAGUACUCCUCUGAUGUGCCCCUGGCUCUCCACACAGCCAAUGUCCACGGACACCCCUCCCAGACCACAGUGCAGCUGGUGGAUGGAAGUCAGGCAAAGCAGAUGGACAGCAGGCAGGAGAAUACGGAAGACCCAUCACCUCCAGGGGGCAUGGUAAAAGAGGCUGAAGGGACUGUAGAGGCAUCAUGCCUGGUGGAGAUGAAGCCAGCUGAGAUAGAGAAACUAGAUCAUGUUGGAGCAGAGGAACAGUUGGCUGGUUCUCUCAGGGAGGCUUCUGCCUCCUCCACCCCAGAGCAGGGCCAUGACAGUGGGUAUCACCCAGGACAGGCCUCCCCUUCCCUCUCUGGACCCUCCAGUGUGUCCGAGCUCCCUACUGCCAACAUUCAAGGCCAUGCCUCAGAUGCUCAUAUUAAAGUCGGAGAGCACGUUUCAGAUGUGGAAGCCCCUCUCCCUUCUCAAAACAUUCAUGGUCAUUCAUCUGAUGCUAACAUAAAGGUAGGAGAGUUUGUUUCGGAGAUGACUGCUCCUCUUCCGACCGCCAAUGUUCACGGUCACGCAUCUGACGCUCAUAUUAAAGUUGGAGAGCAUGUUUCAGAAGUGGUCGCCUCCCUUUUCACCCAGAACAUUCACGGUCAUGCCUCGGACUCUCACAUCAAGGUCGGGGAGCACAUGUCAGAAGAGGUCGCCUCCAUUCACACACAAAACAUCCACGGUCACUCAUCUGACACUCACUUCAAGGCGGGUGAGUUUGUGUUGGAUGCAGAGCCCUCCCGGCCACGCUGGAGCAAGCAUGGUCACGCCUCAGACUGCACACUUCAAGUAGGCUGUGUGAUGUCAGGCACAGAACCAGUACUCUCCCCUCUACCCGGUAGCACCUACGGCCAUUCCUCUGAGUCCACUCUAGGUAUAGGGUGUGUUGUCUCUGGGGUGGAACCCCUUCAUGCUCCUCUACCUGGAAGUGACUUUGGACACGCCUCAGACUCAACCCUGGGUGGAGGGUGUGUGGUGUCAGGAACGGCAACCCUUCCUUCUCCGAUACCCGGAAGUGACUACGGCCAUUCGUCAGAUUCAGCGAUGGGCGGAGGGUGCGUGAUAUCUGGGAUUGAACCCGUUCGCGCUCCUCUUCCCGGCAGCAACUUCGGACAGUCCUCAGACUCCACACUGGGCACAGGGUGUGUGGUGUCGGGUGUAAACCCUCUGCCCUCCCCCAUCCCUGGCAGUACCUACGGCCACAGCUCAGACUCUGCCCUGGGAGGGGGCUGUAAGGUGAAGGAGACUGGUAAUGAAUACGACGCCAGGACCCUGGAGCAGCAGGAGCAGCAGCGGCUGGCCGAGGGCAUCUCGUCCUGGGCAGCGGGCUUGGCUCUGUCCCCAGGCGAGAGCUCAGAGAGGGAGUACCUCAGCUCCCUGGCUGCUCAGUACCAGGUGGAGCAGUACGAAGACUGCUACGGUCUCAUGACAUUGGCCCCAGAGUGUCACCCCCUGCAUCAGGUGACGCGGGGCCCCUGGGGCCUCCCGGUGGACCCGUCGCUCCGCAGGGCCACAGACACCACGGUGGUGCAGCUUAGUGGGAUGGUCUCCCUGCCCGUCCUCAUGAAGCACUCUGUCACCACCCCACUCAUCACACAUGUAUCCUUGGUGAACAAGGCGGUGGUGGACUACUACUUCGUAGAGCUUGGAGUAGAGAGGCAUUUUGAGGCCCUCAGGCACUUUCUGCUCAUGGAGGACGGGGAGUUCGCCCAGUCUCUCAGUGACCUGAUCUUUGAAAAGAUGGGCAGUGGUCAGACUCCUGGAGAGCUGUUGACUCCUCUGGUCCUGAACUCCAUCCUGAGUAAGGCUCUUCAGUACAGUCUUCAUGGAGACAGUUCUCUGGCCCCUAACUUCACCUUCGCCCUGCGCUUCCUCCCGGAGACCUUCCAUCCUCACGCCCCUGACGCACUCAACUGCCUGGAGCUACGGUACAAGGUGGACUGGCCGUUGAACAUCAUAAUCACAGACAGCUGUAUGAACAAGUACAACCGUCUGUUCUCCUUCCUACUGCAGCUCAAACACAUGGUGUGGAGCCUCAGAGACGUCUGGUUUCACCUCAAGAGGACUGCGCUGGUGAAAGGGGCGGGCCGCUCGGUGCAGUUCCGCCAGCUGCAGCUGUACAGACACGAGAUGCAACACUUUGUGAAGGUGAUCCAGGGAUACAUCGCUAACCAGAUCCUGCAGGUGUCCUGGUUAGAGUUCACCACCAAGCUGGCCAGUGCCUCGGACCUGGACGCCAUACACCGCAUACACGCCGACUACCUCAACAGAGCUAUCUUCAGGGGUCUGCUGACAGAGAAGGCAGCUCCAGUCAUGAACAUCAUCCACAGUAUCUUCAGCCUGAUCCUGAAGUUCCGGGCCCAGCUGAUCGCACAGCCCUGGGACAGCCAGCAGGGGGAGGCAGUGCACCCCAGCUUCAUCGCCAUGCAGCAGUCAUACAACACUUUCAAAUACUACUCCCACUUCCUCUUCAAAGUGGUGACCAAGCUGGUGAACCGAGGAUAUCAGCCUCACCUGGAGGACUUCCUGCUCCGCAUCAACUUCAACAACUACUACAAAGACUCCUGAACGUACGUGUGUAGAACACUGUGUGUGCCUGUGUUGUAGAUCAUCAGAGUAGGCCUCGUAGGUGUCUAAACUAAUGAUACGUGGAAUAUUAUGUACAUGUGUACAAAUCUCUCCCCCACACACAUUGCAGUUUGUGGUAAUGUAUAUUUGUGGCAUGAAUAAUAUACCAUAUUAAAGAAACUACAUGAGUUGUAUUUACAUUUUUAAAUGUACCUCGACGACCUGUUUGACAGCUUCAAUGUGCCUGACCAUACAGUAUUAUGCCUCCUGUCCACAAUGGUGUCUGCUAUCAAAGUCAGUGAUGAUAACCCCAUCCCCCUAACAACGCUAGCCAAAGCUCAGGUGCCUCUCCUCUGCCCACCCCAUUCCUAAGCCCUGUGUGUCAAUUAAAGAAAUGUUUCAUUUUGUGAUGUAAAAACAAAACUUAAAAGGAGUAAUAAAAUGUCACUUAUAUUUAUUAAA